AUGGGCGGGACUGAUUAAGCUUACUUAAGCAUUUUGCAAAAGAAGAGUUUCACAAAAACCCGAGACGAGACGGGAGCUACAAUAAAAAAUAUAUACAGCCACGCACCAAUAUUCUGCAAUCCAGUAAAAAAAAGGCCAACAGAAAAAAAAAAAUCACGCGCGGAGAGGACUUUCCGCACCGUCGGCAAUACACAUUAGCCAAAAGGGGAGCGACAUAUAGCGAGGCACAAAUUUAUUGCAACCCACCCCUGGGGCCCCCGGUGCCACCCAAUUUCUAACCAGAUUUUCAUGCUUUCCAUGGUCCACCAUUCUUUUGCCGUUUGCUGCAUCAAAUGAAGAAGAAUGAACAAAAAAAACAAAAAAACAGUAGAUUGCAUCGCUAAAAUUAUCUCCAGGACAACGCCUUUCGGUGAGCUUCCUAACAGUCCCCAAACCGGUAUAUAUAUAGCGACCGGGCGUCCUGUUCCUACAUCAGUCAAGUUCGAUCGUUUGCUACGAACAGGCCACUGGAAGGAAGUCUUUUAGCAGACAUUCUGACAAGUGUACUUAGUGAGUGCGCGUGAACCGUACUAUCCUUACAACAGACACACACACACAGCUUACAAUGCGCUUCUUUGUGGUUUUAACCGCCUGUUUGGCAGUUGCCUCGGCUGAUAUCGGGCUCAAGCUACGUCAAGCGGCAGGUGCCGGUGGAAGCAGCUACGAUGUUGGCCAACAGUCGGUGAGCGUCGAUUACGCACCGACCGUGUACCAGGACUCCGUUGUGGAUGGUGCUGCCUCGGCCGGUGCCCGUUCGUUCGGUGGUGCCGGUUUCGGUGGUGCCGGUUUCGGUGGUGCCGGUUUCGGUGGAGCCGGUGCCGGUUCGGUGGCCAGUGCCGGUGCUGGUGCCGGUGUGUUCGGUGGUAGCUUCGGUGGUGCCUCUAGCCGCUCGUCCGCUGGUGCUGGUGCCGAGUACGAUGCCGGAUACCAGGCAGGACUUCGUGCCGGUGCAGCUGCGUCCGCUGGCAGCAGUACGCGAUUCGGUUCGUCCGGCUCGUUCGCGGGAUCUUCGGCCGGUGCGUUCGGUGGCUCGUCGGGUGGCAGUUUCUCCAGCGGUUCUGCGUUCGGUUCGUCGUCCGGCGCUUCUAGCUCGGCCGCUGCAAAGACCCAGGUCCGCUAUGCGGCACCGGUGAUUCAGAAGAACUUCUACUACCAUGUCGCACCCGAGGAGCCCAAGUCGGCCGCCGAAGCCAACACGCUCACCAUCACGCCCCGCAAGCACUACAAGGUCAUCUUCAUCAAGGCUCCGACUGUCAGCGCCAAUGCCGGUGCGUCGGCCCAGGCUGCGAGCAGAACCGAGGAGAAGACGCUGGUCUACGUGCUGGUUAACAAGCCGGCUCAGGCUAAGGCUGGUUCGGUUGCCGACGCUAGCUCGUACGUGUCCGGCAAGCCGGAGGUCUUCUUCAUCAAGUACCAGGGCAAGGACGCUCAGGCCAUCUCUAACUCGUUCGCUGGUGCCGGAGCCGGUUCGUUCGGCGGUGCUGGUGCCGGAGCCGGUUCGUUCGGCGGUGCUGGAGCUGGCUCGUUUGCUGGUGCCUCGUCUGACGCUUUCGCUACCGGUGGUGCUGGAUUCGAUGGUGGUUUCGGUGCCGGUUCGGCCAGCUAUGCUGAUGCCGGUGCGUCUGCUGGUGUCGCCAACGAUUUUGUCGACUUCGGUGCACGCAGCGGUGUGGCUAGCAGCUCUGCUGGCAGCAGCGGUUACAAUGCUGGAUACACUGCCGGAUACACUGCCGCUGCCACCGGUGCCGGUGCCGCUGGAUUUGGUGUCACCCCGUCGUACGACAGUGUUGCCGUCGGUGCAAACGCCGGUGCCAGCAACAUCGCCUUCUAAGUGCCAACCGCGACGGAUGCCUUACACAACCGUUAACCUAUCCCAAAGCGUCUGUGUUCAGCUUCGGCCCCGGUGUUCACGGCCGGGCACGGGCGGAGCAGUUGCACAGCAGCAGUCUCAAGGAAAAACGAUUUCUUACGAUACCCCCGAUACGACGGAUUGGUCCCGGAACCGGUGUUUUUGUUUGUAAAACGCCAAGUGUAUAUUGGAAAGCAGUGCGAGAAAUGAUUCUACGAAACAUGAUCCAACUGUCGACCACCUCAUGUAACAAGUACCUUAAGGAGAUUUCCCUUCCUUUUUUGUUCUCUCCCUCUCUCCCUCUCUCUCUUUGUCCUCAGUUUUCUUCCCCAAACUGUUUAAACGCCAAGCAAAUAAGAUAGAUUUAUAUUUCCCUUUUUGGUAUGCCGUUAAGUGAAUCUGACAAGCUCGGACGUAACGAACGAAGGUACGCGUCUUGCGCAAGGAAGUGCAGGGAAGCGCAUGGACACGAGUGCCAAAAGGAACGGAUUAGUUUGUGCGCAUAGUAUUAAGAAGCCAGCAUACGUAUCAUAAGACAAGUGUAUCCAAACACACACGCACACACGUAUACAUACACAUAUACGUAGAUAUUUGGACACAAAUAUCCAUAACAAAACAAAUGAUAAUAAUAAACAACACGUAUUAUCUCGAAAAA